CUACCCAUACAAUACAGCACCUAUACCAAAGCAUAACACAACUACAUAACUGUCGGCAAAGCUUUGUGCUCACUUUUUAGCCAAACCAGUGCUCAGAACUGUUGCCGCCACCGCCGCCACUCAACACCCCACUUAAUUAAGCAGCCUAGCUCACAAUGCAGCUCCUCCACCGCGGCUUCGGCAUUGUUUUGGUGCUGAAUUCGUUGCUUCUGCUUGUGUCUUGUCAAGUUCAGCAACCCGGGGCCAACACCCGCUGGCUCCCAGCCACCGCCACCUGGUACGGCAGCCCCGAAGGCGACGGCAGCGACGGUGGAGCAUGUGGUUACGGGUCAAUGGUGGACGUGAAGCCGUACAGGGCGAGGGUUGGGGCGGUGAGCCCAGUGCUGUUCAAGAGUGGCGAGGGGUGCGGGGCGUGUUACAAAGUCAAGUGUCUCGACCAGAGCAUCUGUUCAAGACGAGCCGUCACGAUAAUCGUGACGGACGAGUGCCCUGGUGGUUACUGCUCGAAUGGGCGCACCCACUUCGACCUCAGUGGCGCCGCCUUUGGACGCAUGGCUGUCGCCGGUGAAGGCGGUCUGCUCAGGAACCGAGGCGAGCUCUCUGUCCUUUACCGACGGACACCAUGUAAAUAUCCUGGGAAGCAAAUAGCCUUCCAUGUAAAUGAAGGUUCAACAAAUUACUGGCUAUCACUUCUGGUAGAGUUUGAGGAUGGAGAUGGAGACGUCGGAUCGAUGCAUAUAAGACCAGCAAGUUCCAGUGAGUGGAUCGCGAUGAGUCACGUAUGGGGAGCUAAUUGGUGCAUAAAUGGGGGUCCUCUAAAUGGACCAUUCUCAGUGAAGAUUACAACUCUCUCAACAGCAAAAACUCUCUCUGCCAGAGACGUCAUUCCCAGUAAUUGGUCUCCAAAAGCCACUUACACUUCUCGCCUAAAUUUCCGCUUCUAGCGAGCUUAUUUGACAAACAAGUCAAGAUAUAUAUAAUAUCAGCACGUUUUUACAAAGCACUUUUUUAACUAAGCAUUUAUAGGCCAGAAAAAAGGUCUUGCCCACAUGACCCAAAAGUAGCCGUUGUCGCGGUGGUCUUUUUCUUUUUUUUUCUUUUAAAGAAAAAUGGCCGUUGGAUUGCACUAGUUAAUUACAAUGGCAUCCAAAUGCUCUUUCUUUAUUUUCUUUUGAGAUAUUGUUUUUCCUAUUUUGCUGCUGUUCCAACUGGUUUUGUUUGUAGAUGUGCACUAAGAUAUGUAGCCAGCCCUCUCCAAAAGGAGAGAGAGCGUGUGUUCUUGCUUUGUUAAUGCUAUAUGUAAGGUUCUGUGACCCAAUGUGUUUUUAAUGAAUUUGGACAAUUUGAUUGCACUA